AACUCCUGCCAGGCGCAAAUAUCUCUUCAAGUACAUUCACGUUUUUUCCUGCAUCGCAUAUUGAUAAAAGUGACCCGGAACGGAUCGGAAGGGUUCUAAAUCGUUCCUAAAACUCUGCAUCACGAAACCAUCCAACAUGUGGCCCGAGGUGGAUGCAGUGAAAAGCGAAAAUCGUCGCGAGCUGAAGCUAACCGGUGCACAGGUAUCCGAGAGGAUUGUGAAAAACGGCGGUAAUCUGGAUGACGCUAUUUACCAGCUGUCCGUGUUGAAUCUGUUGGAAGUGAGUGACACUGCAUUGGAGAAGAUUUCACAACGCAUCGACAAGUUGCACCAUCUACAGUCGUUGUUACUGUAUCGGAACAGAAUUACACAACUUCCGGCAACGGUCGGACUGCUGAGCGAGCUGAAGGUGUUGGAUCUGUCUGGCAAUCUGUUGACGGAAUUGCCGAUCGAGUUUGCAAAGCUUCACUCCCUGACAACGCUGAAUUUGUCGUUCAACCGGCUGAAAACAGUUGAUCUUGCCGCGUUGGAAAGGCUCAGCGUGUGCAAUCUUUCUGGCAAUGAGUUGGCUGUGGUUCCACAGUUUCAUAUCGGUCAAACACAUCAUCUGACGGAGGUUAAUUUGGAGAAGAAUUGUAUUGUGAUUCUACCAGAAGAACUCACACAACAACAUAUUCUGCGUGUGUUGAACGUGGCAGACAAUAAAAUUGAACAAGUCCCAAAAUAUAUAACCAAGUGUGCAAAGCUGAAGGAACUUAACCUUACAGGUAAUCCGCUGAAGGAUAAACGCCUGUUGAAGCUGGUAGAUCAGUGUCGCACCAAACAGGUACUCGAUUAUGUCGAGAAAAAUGGCUACCAACCACCGAAAGCGACAGCAAAGCAGAAUACUUCCGGCGCUGAAAUUCCACCGACAGUGGAAAAUCACUCGAAUGGAUCACAGGAAUCGCAAACCGUCCAGGAAGAUGAUAACCAGCUGAAGAUAAUCGUCCACAAGGCGACAGAAAAUACGCCGAAAGUAACGUUCACAUCAGAAGCUCGUUCCAACCGUCCCAACAUUGUGCUGUGCAUUGUCCGGAAUUUCCCGAUGACGAAUAUGAAAAAGUUUCUGCAACUUCAAAACGCGCUGCACGACAACGAAUGUGGCCGACGGGAGAUAGCAACGAUUGCAACGCACGAUCUGGCCAAAGUGAAGGGCUCCAUACGAUACCAUGCGGCACCGCCGGGUGAGAUUGAAAUCACGCCACUUGGCAGUGCCACACAGGGCAAAGUGACGGCAGAAAAGUAUUACGCUGAUCUGUGCCAUCAGGCGGAUCAGCUGCGGAAGGAAAAGAAGCGGAGCACCUACUCGGGAGUGCACAAGUACAUAACACUGUUGACGGCAAAGGAAUUGUUUGUAUUUCUAAGCGACGAGGAAAAAGUAAUUAGUUUACCACCGCUCACGAACUGUGAUGAGACAAAAAUCUCUUCCGCCACCACGAAUAUGUUGCUGGAAGUGACGAGUAGCGUUGGGCAUGGUCAAUGCGUUCGAGUCAUGAACGCACUGCUGACGGGUAUGUUGCUGAUGGAAGUGGAGGUUGUUGGUGACACAAGGGCAUCAUCAUCAUCCCCUGCUAAAGCGUCCAACCAUAUGGAAAAGAAGAAAAAAUCAAAAGUCUCCAAAGAAACGGAAGCCGCCAAAGUACGUUACAAUCGCUCUGCCACAUUAACAGUGGAGCAGGUCCAACUUUACGAUAGCGACGGUAAGCUUCAUUCGGUUUUCCCUGGUAAAAAUGACCUGAAUGGGAAUGAAAUGACUCGAGUUUCCGUAGAGAUGGCCUAAGAAUUUUGUAAUAUUUAACAAAUAUUUAUCCAUUUGAUGUAAAGAUGAAACAAGCCACGUGAAACGUGAAGUUAAUACAGUUAGAGUUAGGGUGAUCGCGAACACAUUUCUUAACUUUAUACAAAAAACGAAGGACGUUGCUUUACUUUCUGGAAGAUAAUCUACCAAUGAAUUAUUUUUGAAGAACAUGUACAGUCUUUUCCCGAGUUACGCGAAUAAUGCGUGCCAGAGCAAUUUGCGUAACUCGGGAAAUGACUAUAUAACACAAUGUAAUGAAUUUUGUGGUGCAGAUAUAGAUAUGCAAUAAAACCAUUAAAAUGUGAGAA